AUCAGUGAAUUCAUUUUUGCUAAACCUAAGAAAGUUACACAUCUGUGAAAAAAGAGCAGUCGAGCAUCCCGCAUGGCCCGUCAAGCCAGGAGACUGAUCGGCGAUUUGUCGACGAAGCUAUUGUGCCCCAAGCAGUUGCACCAGCACCGGAAUUUCGGAUCGCCGUCGCCGCCGCCCGCCGUCUUCGUCGAUAAGAACACGCGCGUCAUUUGCCAAGGCAUCACCGGAAAGAAUGGUACAUUUCACACCGAGCAGGCCAUCGAGUACGGUACCAAAAUGGUUGGAGGAGUGACCCCUGGAAAAGGUGGAACAGAGCACUUGGGCCUUCCUGUUUUCAACUCUGUUGCUGAAGCAAAAGCGGAAACAAAGGCCAAUGCUUCGGUCAUUUAUGUUCCGCCACCUUUUGCUGCUAAAGCCAUCAUGGAGUCGAUGGAGGCUGAACUAGAUUUGGUCGUUUGCAUCACAGAGGGAAUACCACAACAUGACAUGGUUCGUGUGAAGGCUGCUCUUAAUAAGCAGUCAAAAACUCGGCUAAUUGGACCAAAUUGUCCUGGAAUUAUCAAGCCAGGGGAGUGUAAAAUCGGCAUUAUGCCUGGAUACAUUCACAAACCAGGACGUAUUGGGAUUGUUUCUCGAUCGGGCACAUUGACUUAUGAAGCGGUAUUCCAAACAACUGCUGUUGGCCUUGGGCAGUCAACAUGUGUGGGAAUUGGUGGAGAUCCUUUUAAUGGAACAAAUUUUGUUGAUUGCAUAGAAAAGUUUCUUGUGGAUCCCCAGACAGAAGGCAUCAUCCUAAUUGGUGAGAUCGGUGGUACAGCAGAGGAGGAUGCUGCAGCCCUUAUAAAGGAAAGUGGGACCAACAAGCCUAUUGUCGCUUUUAUUGCUGGACUCACCGCUCCACCAGGUCGAAGAAUGGGUCAUGCUGGAGCUAUUGUAUCCGGAGGAAAGGGAACAGCACAAGACAAAAUUAAAACCCUGAGAGAAGCUGGGGUUACUGUAGUCGAGUCCCCUGCGAAAAUAGGAACUGCAAUGCUCGUAGUCUUCAAACAGAGGGGACUCGUUUGAGACGGUGAUAGGUCUCUCAAUUAAUUGGAUGAGUUUUUCUUUCCCUCUUUUACAUUUUAUCCUUCGUUUUUUCCUUUUUCUGUUGAGGGGGAUUGACUUGUUCUGUUAUUUUUUGCCACUCGAGCCAUGUGAUGAGUCGUAAUAACUAGUCAUCAUUAUAUUUUCCCGAGCAGUUGCCGGCAGAAUAACUUUCCAUUUCAACAUCCUAAGGUUAAUAUAAUUCCCUUUUCAGUUGGUGAGGAAGAGAUGAAUUGUUUUGGGGGGAAAUUAUGGGAAUUUCACGUAUCAUAUGCAGAUAAGAUUAAUUGGGUACUUUAAGUUGUAUGCAAGAUUUACCUUGGGAUAAUUAGAUAUAUAGCACUUUCUUACGAUGUGUAGAAAGUCGUGAAUGACCGUGAAAUAAAAUUUGAUUAUGUACGUACCAGCCGUUUGUCUGCAUAGAUG